AUGGCCGUCAGUAAACACAUCUUAUCCCUGACUGAGGAUUUAACCUGCUCCAUCUGCCUGGCUGUGUUUGUGGAGCCGGUGCAGCUGGAGUGUGAGCACACCUUCUGUAAAUGCUGCAUCCAGAAAUACUGGGAAAAGCAGGGGGACGUGGUGUCCUGCCCCCAAUGUCGAAUGGUUCUCCCCCGGAGGAGCUACACCAGUAACAGGGUGCUGGCCAGUCUCUGUGAGAAGGCCAGGUUACUGGAGCUGAAGCUGCAAGAGGGUCACUCUGACUGUGAGGGUCAGGGGGAGAGUGUACAUCAGCUCUGUGAGGAACACGGGGAGAAGCUGAUCCUGUUCUGUGAGGAGGAUGAGAUUCUGGUCUGUGCCAGUUGUGUGGAUGCCCCCCUCCAUUCAGAUCACAGGUUCCUGCCACUCCAGCAGGCAGUUCAAAAGUACAAGGACCUGCUGAAAAUAGCCUUGGAAUCUGUGGAGAAGGAAAAGAAAGGAAAGAAUGGAUUAAAACAGCAACAGGAGAGGACAAUUUCGGAACUGGAUGAAGUGAAGAGAUUGAGAGAAAAAUACUUGGUCAAAGAGGACAAAGUGAAAAGUGCCCAGAGGCAUGAAGGUGAAGAAGAAGGCAGUGAGGUCCAGGAUUGCAAGGGAGAUGAACCAGAAGAGAGCCUUGCGUUUUCGAGAAGGAAAUACAAAGGAUUCCGAGGCCCGUUACUCUACACAGUGUGGAAGCAAAUGAGACAGGUCAUCUCUCCGGUUCCGGCCUCGCUGACUCUAAACCCAAACACAGCACAUCCGGAGCUCACCCUCUCGGAAGAUCUCACCAGUGUGUGGUUUGGCGGCAGUGGGUUAAUCUUUUUUGAUUUUCAGGAGAGAUUUGACAGAGCUCCAUGUGUCCUGGGGGCACAGGGAUUCACAUCAGGGGAACACUACUGGGAGGUGGAGGUAGGGGAGAAGGCUGACUGGGGAGUGGGUGUGACUACAGAGUCUGCAAAUAGGAAGGGACGGCUUACACUUCGUCCUGAAGGUGGUUACUGGGUUCUGUGGCUGACAAAUGGGAAUCAAUAUGAAGUCACAGAAAGCUCACGAAUCCCCCUGACUCUGAGAGUGAAGCCCAGCACCGUCGGAGUUUACCUGGAUUAUGAGGGAGGACAGGUGACCUUUUACAAUGCUGAUACCAGCAAGGAUUUAACCUGCUCCCUCUGCCUGGCUCUGUUUGUGGAGCCGGUGAGGCUGGACUGUUAUCACAACUUCUGUACAUCCUGCAUCGAGAAGUGUUGGGGGCAUCGCUGCCAGGUGGUAUCCUGCCCCCAAUGCUGGGUGGUUCCCUCCAGGAGAGCUUACACCAAGAACGGGGCGCUGGCCAGUCUCUGCCAGUCAGCUCGACAACUGAACCAGGAGCUGGGCGAGGAGCGAGGGGAAAAGGUGAACCAGGGCAGGGAGAGGGGCCCAUCCCUCCGCCAGGAACAUGGCAAGAAGCUGGCGCUAUUCUGUGAGGACGGGACUGGAACAGGAGCAGUCGGUGAGAUGGCCGUCAGUAAACACAUCUUAUCCCUGAAUGAGGAUUUAACCUGCUCCCUCUGCCUGGCUGUGUUUGUGGAGCCGGUGCGGUUACAAUGUGAGCACAACUUCUGUAAAUGCUGCAUCCAGAAAUACUGGGGGAAGCAGCGUCAGGCGGUGUCUUGCCCCCAGUGUCAGCUCGUUCUCUCCCGGAGGAGCUACACCAGUAACAGGGUGCUGGCUAGGCUCUGUGAGAAGGCCCGGCUACUGGAGCUGAAGCUGCAGGAGGGUCACUCUGACUGUGAGGGUCAGGGGGAGAGUGUACACCAGCUCUGUGAGGAACACGGGGAGAAGCUGAUCCUGUUCUGUGAGGAGGAUGAGAUCCUGGUCUGUGCCAGUUGUGUGGAUACCCCCCUCCAUUCAGAUCACAGGUUCCUGCCGCUCCAGCAGGCGGUUCAAAAGUACAAGGACCUGCUGAAAGCAUCCUUGGAUUCCAUGGAGGAUAAACAGAAACAUAAGAGUGAAUUAAAGCGACAGCAGGAGGGGAAGAUUUCUGAACUGGAUGAACUCUCUGGGUCACUGGAACAAGAGAUCUCCAGCCAGUUUGCAAACAUCCGUCAACAUCUUGAUGAGAAAGAGAAACGAUUAAUGGAAAGGCUGAGGAGACAAAAGGAGGAAGAUCUGCGACUGAUGGAGGAAAAUCUGAAAGAAAUUGAAGAGGAAGUUGUGUCACUUGAUGAGCAGCUGGGGAACCUUCGUCUAGACAUUGAGCAGCAAGACGGAAUCGCUUUUCUCAAGGAACUGAAAAGAUUGAGAGAAAGGUACUUGGAUGAAGGGGAGGAAGGAGAUGAUGAAGAGGAUGAUUCACAGUGCAGUGAAGAUGAAGAAAUACUGACAGUUCCAAGAGGGAAGUAUAUAGAAUUCCAAGGCCCGUUGCUUUACACCGUGUGGAAGGAGAUGAAACAGAUUAUCUCUCCAGUUCCAGCCUCACUGACCCUGGAUCCAAACACCGUGCCUCGUAACCUCAUCUUGUCAAAGGACCUGACCAGUGUCAGAGCCGGAAACAGCACAUUCAUGCUUCCUAACAACCCGGAGAGAUUCGGCACUGUUCCAUUUGUCAUGGGGUCACAGGGAUUCACAUCAGGGAAACACUACUGGGAGGUGGAAGUGGAGGAUAAAACUGAGUGGACACUAGGUGUGGCUGAAGAGUCAUCCAGUAGGAAGGGAAGCUUCCACCUUGGGCCAGAAUACGGUUACUGGACCGUGUGGCUUACCUCUGGCAAUGAAUAUAGAACUAACGAUCGUCCAUUUGCCCAACUGACUCCGAAUGUGAACCCCAGAAUGAUUGGUGUUUACCUAGAUUAUGAGGGAGGACAGGUGAUCUUUUAUAAUGCUGAAGAUAUGUCCCUUCUCUAUACUUUCACUGACAUGUUCACUGAGAAACUCUUUCCUUUAUUCUAUCCUGGAACAAGCGAUAAUGCUCCUCUUAAAUUGCGUCAUUUAGAACUAGAACUUCCUGAAAUCCCAGCGGAAGCCUGCGGGCAGUUGACCUCAGCUGUCUGCCUGUUUACACUUCCUCCAGCAUGCAGGACAGGAGCAGUCGGUGAGAUGGCCGUCAGUAAACACAUCUUAUCCCUGAAUGAGGAUUUAACCUGCUCCCUCUGCCUGGCUGUGUUUGUGGAGCCGGUGCGGUUACAAUGUGAGCACAACUUCUGUAAAUGCUGCAUCCAGAAAUACUGGGGGAAGCAGCGUCAGGCGGUGUCCUGCCCCCAGUGUCAGCUCGUUCUCUCCCGGAGGAGCUACACCAGUAACAGGGUGCUGGCUAGGCUCUGUGAGAAGGCCCGGCUACUGGAGCUGAAGCUGCAGGAGGGUCACUCUGACUGUGAGGGUCAGGGGGAGAGUGUACACCAGCUCUGUGAGGAACACGGGGAGAAGCUGAUCCUGUUCUGUGAGGAGGAUGAGAUCCUGGUCUGUGCCAGUUGUGUGGAUACCCCCCUCCAUUCAGAUCACAGGUUCCUGCCGCUCCAGCAGGCGGUUCAAAAGUACAAGGACCAGCUGAAAGCAUCCUUGGAUUCCAUGGAGGUGAAAAAGAAAAGUAAGAGUGAAUUAAAGCGACAGCAGGAGGGGAAGAUUUCUGAACUGGAUGAACUCUCUGGGUCACUGGAACAAGAGAUCUCCAGCCAGUUUGCAAACAUCCGUCAACAUCUUGAUGAGAAAGAGAAACGAUUAAUGGAAAGGCUGAGGAGACAAAAGGAGGAAGAUCUGCGACUGAUGGAGGAAAAUCUGAAAGAAAUUGAAGAGGAAGUUGUGUCACUUGAUGAGCAGCUGGGGAACCUUCGUCUAGACAUUGAGCAGCAAGACGGAAUCGCUUUUCUCAAGGAACUCAGAAGGUUGAGAGAAAGGUACCUGGAUGAAGGGGAGGAAGGAGAAAAUCAAAAGGAAAAUCCACAGAACAGUGAAGAUGAAGAGGAGGAAGGGGACAUUCCAGAGUGCAGUGAAGAUGAAAAAAUACUGAUAUUUCCAAGACGGAAGUACAUAGAAUUCCGAGGCCCAUUACUCUACAUAAUGUGGAAGCAAAUGAAACAGAUCAUCUCUCCAGUUCCAGCCUCACUGACCCUGGAUCCAAACACAGCACAUUGUGAGGUCAUCCUGUCGAAGGACCUGACCAGUGUGAGAGCCGGAAACGACAUAUCCCAGCUUCCUGACCCAGCGAGAUUUGAUACAAUUCCACGUGUCCUGGGCUCACAGGGAUUCACAUCAGGGAAACACUACUGGGAGGUAGAGGUCGGAGAAAAGACUGUGUGGGCAUUGGGUGUGACUGAAGCGUCAUCCAAUAGGAAGGGAGCGAUUAGACUCGGACCAGAAUACGGUUACUGGAUUGUGUGGCUUCAGGAUGAAAACAAGUAUACAGUUACUGAUCGCUCAUUUGUCCAAUUGACUCUGUGUGUGAAACCCAGGACCAUUGGAGUUUACCUGGACUAUGAGGGAGGGCAGGUGACCUUUUACAAUGCUGAUGACAUGUCCCAUCUCUAUACAUUCACCGACACAUUCACCGAUAAACUGUUUCCUUUCUUCUAUCCUGGACAAUACCAUGAGGGUAAAAAAGAUAUUCCUCUUAAACUGCGUCAUUUUGAACCGUAGAUAUAAAUUAUAGAUUGUCUCAGAGUGUGGGGUCAAUGUGACUACUACUGGGUGACUUUUCCACAUGUUACGAGUAACUAUUGAGUCACAUCUAGAAGCAGCAUUAAGGAAAAAGGAAUUUGUUGAUGAGUAAUGGGGGAUGAAAGUCUGCAUUGGAAAGUGUAUUUUGUCCUGACCGUUUGGAGUGUACUCACUGACUGAAGUGUGUGUUACAUUGCAGCAGGAAGUUGUUCCAAUUUCACUUCCUGGCUCCUCACAUCAGCUUCCCAACCCAGGAUUCUUCAGUCCUGGCCAUUCCCCUGACAGAACCUCUGCCUCUUUGUGAAUCUGGCCUCUGUGUAUCAAGGUGAAGUAAUGACAGUCAGUGUGAGGAAAUGGCAGUAACAUCUUUUACACACAGGCAGACAUGAACAUAUACAUAAUUGGGACCAGCUAAAAAUCAACAUCACUGCAAUGUGGGAACACAAAAUGUUCGGGAGGCCUUAGAAAUUCUGAGCAAGAUUUAGCUCGGGGAUGAACCAAACGUUUUCAAGAAGACAAUAUUGUGAAUCUGAAAUCUGUCUUUUGUUAACACAAUUCUGAUU